UCCUCUCUCACAAAGCACCGCUCACACCAGAAGACACUCUUCUUCUGCUCUGUCUCUGUUCUACGAGGGUGACGACGAGGUCGAGGUUGAGAGAAACGACAACAAUGCUUUUGGUGAACGCGGUGGCUCUGGCUCGAGCCGCGGUCUCGCCGAACAGCUUCGUCUUUGAAGCCGAUGACAUCGAAUUCGGUUCUCCGUGGUGGUUCGUCUUCGUCGGCAUCUCGUGCAUUCUCGUCCUCUUCGCCGGAAUCAUGUCGGGACUCACUCUCGGCCUCAUGUCCCUCGGCCUCGUCGAGCUUGAGAUCCUCCAGAGGAGCGGCUCCUCCACCGAGAAGAAGCAGGCCGCUGCUAUCUUACCAGUGGUUCAGAAGCAGCAUCAACUUCUUGUGACUUUGCUACUAUGCAAUGCGGCUGCAAUGGAGGCCCUUCCUAUAUGCCUUGAUAAGAUAUUCCACCCCUUUGUGGCUGUUUUACUUUCAGUUACUUUUGUUCUUGCGUUUGGGGAGAUUAUCCCACAAGCUAUAUGCUCGAGAUAUGGACUUGCUGUUGGUGCAAACUUCUUGUGGCUGGUUCGUGUUUUGAUGAUAAUCUGCUACCCGAUUGCUUGCCCUAUUGGAAAGGUUCUAGAUGCUGUAAUUGGACAUAAUGACACACUCUUUAGGCGAGCUCAACUGAAAGCGCUUGUCUCAAUUCACAGUCAGGAGGCAGGUAAGGGCGGUGAACUCACCCAUGAUGAGACAGCGAUUAUAAGUGGAGCUUUGGAUUUGAGCGAAAAGACCGCAGAGGAGGCUAUGACUCCAAUUGAGUCAACAUUUUCCCUGGAUGUAAAUACAAAGAUAGACUGGGAAGCAAUCGGAAAAAUCCUUGCCCGAGGUCAUAGCCGAAUCCCGGUCUACUUGGGAAAUCCAAAAAAUAUCAUUGGGCUUUUAUUGGUUAAGAGUCUUCUAACUGUAAGAGCGGAGACAGAGACACCCGUUAGUUCUGUUUCCAUCCGGAAGAUUCCGAGGGUUCCAUCAGACAUGCCAUUGUAUGAUAUCCUCAAUGAGUUUCAAAAGGGAAGCAGUCACAUGGCUGCAGUUGUCAAAAUCAAAGAGAGAAAGAGCAUUCAGUCGCUGAGUAAUGGGGAAAUGCCUGAAGGAAAAACAAAUGCAUAUAUGAAUAGUUGUCUAAAAGCUCCUUUGCUAAAGCAUGUGGAUGGAUCAAAAGGCGUUGUUGUCGACAUUGAUAAAGUCUCGAAGAACGUAAAAAGUAAGGGAAGAAACAAGAACUCCCUGUAUACGUUGGAGGAUACCGAGGAUGCAGAAGUGAUUGGAAUCAUCACGUUGGAAGAUGUUUUCGAAGAACUUCUUCAAGCAGAAAUUGUCGAUGAAACAGAUGUGUAUGUCGAUGUGCAUAGAAGGAUACGAGUGGCUGCAGCUGCGGCCGUGUCGUCCAUCGUUCGUGCUCCAACUUCAUGGCGUCCGAAUACUCAGAAAUCUGUGUUCUUGCAGGGGAAUCAAAGCAAGACAGGACAGACUCGAAAUACCUUGUAUCCUACGGAUAUGGCGGAGCCUCUUGUUGCAGCCAACUAGUUUCAGUGUCGGCUGAUCAGGACAGGACAGGACUGGACAGGACAAACCACCCUCGUUUAUUUCCACUGUAGUCUUCUUCUCGUGUUUCUUUUGGUGUACACAAUGGAUAAAGAGAAGCGCAGAGAGAGAGAGAGAGGCUAAGUAUAGGUCGGUGUUACUUGCAUGUCUUCCGUAUGGUGAAUAAUAUUAAAUAAUCCGAAGAAAAUUGCCUUUUUGAA